AUGGGUAUCCUGCAAACGCUCUUCAAGGCCGAAGACAACAUUGUCGGCUCCAAAUUCCGGGCCAUCGCCAUCGGCCUCUUCGUGGCCUUUGGUGGUGUCCUGUUCGGCUACGACACCGGUACCAUUUCCGGGAUUCUCGCCAUGCAGUACGUGAAGGACAACUUCACCGACCGUGGCCACUUCACCGCAGGCGAAACGUCGCUGAUCACCUCGAUCCUGUCCGCAGGCACUUUCUGCGGCGCGAUCUUCGCGCCGCUCGUCUCCGACACCUUGGGACGUAGACUCGGGCUGUUGAUAUCCACGGUGAUCUUCACCGUGGGCGUGAUUCUACAGGUGGCGGCAUCGGAGCAGAAUCUGCUAAUCGUGGGCAGAGUCAUAGCCGGUCUCGGGGUCGGUGUGUUGUCCGCCAUCGUGCCUCUAUACCAGUCGGAAGCUGCCCCCAAGUGGAUUCGUGGUGCCGUGGUCUCCUGCUACCAAUGGGCCAUCACCAUUGGACUUCUACUCGCAGCGUGUGUCAACCAGGGCACACAUGCACGCGACGACAGCGGGUCUUACAGAAUCCCCAUCGCAAUCCAAUUCCUAUGGGCCAUCAUCAUGUUUGGCGGUAUGAUCGUUCUCCCAGAAUCACCUCGUUUCUACGUCAAGACGGGCAAGCUGCCACAAGCUGCGGAUUCUCUGUCUAGAUUAAGAGGCCUGCCCAGGGACGAUAAGUACGUCGAGGCCGAGUUGGAAGAAAUUGUCGCCAAUUACGAGUACGAAAGAUCGUUCGGCUCCACAACCAUCUGGGACUGUUUCAGACCCGCCAACCACCAGCUCAAGCGUAUCCUCACGGGUAUCGCCAUCCAAGCAUUGCAACAACUCACAGGUAUCAAUUUCAUCUUCUACUACGGAACCCAGUUUUUCCAAAAUUCCGGUAUUAAGAACCCCUUCAUCACUCAGUUGAUCAUGAAUAUCGUCAACGUCGUCAUGACCAUCCCGGGAAUUGCGUUAAUCGAAAUUGCUGGAAGAAGAAACCUACUGUUGGCCGGCGCCGUCGGUAUGUGUGUCAGUGAGUUCAUCGUCGCCGCCGUCGGUACCGCUCUACCUGACAGUAACUCGGCCAACAAAACUUUGAUUGCUUUCUCGUGUACUUUCAUUGCCUCGUUCGCAGCUACCUGGGGUCCACUUGCCUGGGUUGUGGUUGGUGAAAUUUACCCUCUAAGAGUUCGUGGUAAGUCCGUGGCACUGUGUGCCGCCUCCAACUGGCUAUUCAAUUUCGCGAUCGCCUACGCCACGCCCUACUUGGUUGAUGAGGACCGUGCCAACCUACAGUCCAAGGUCUUUUUCAUCUGGGGUGGUUGCACUUUCCUAUGUUUCCUCUUUGUCUACCUGUUCGUUUACGAAACCAAAGGUCUCACUCUGGAACAAAUCGACGAACUAUACGACACCUGUCCGAGCGCACGCCAAUCCAAACACUUUGUUCCAUCUCAAGGAUUUGCGCACGAUUCUCCCGAUGCCGAAAAGGCCGUGGUGGAAGCAGUCGAAAAAGUCUAA